AUGGCGACGACCUCAAACAUGUUCUUGUACUCCCUGACCCUUCAACCGCCUACAAAUGUCACCCAGGCGGUAUUGGGUCAGUUUUCAGGAACGAAGGAGCAGAACAUUAUAACGGCGUCGGGGUCGCGGCUGACACUGCUCCGCCCGGACCCGUCGCAGGGCAAAGUCAUCACUUUGCUCUCUCACGACAUAUUCGGCAUCAUCCGAUCAAUGGCCGCGUUCCGUCUGGCUGGAAGCAACAAAGACUACCUCAUUCUCGCGACUGACUCUGGAAGGAUAACCAUCAUCGAGUACAUUCCUGCCCAGAACCGAUUCCAACGUCUGCAUCUGGAGACGUUCGGCAAGUCUGGGGUCAGGCGAGUCAUACCUGGGGAGUAUCUGGCUUGCGAUCCUAAGGGCAGAGCGUGCUUGAUUGCCUCAGUGGAGAAGAACAAGCUUGUCUACGUUCUCAAUCGUAACUCGCAGGCAGAGCUUACAAUCUCGUCGCCUCUUGAAGCACACAAGCCUGGUGUCCUUGUCUUGUCCAUGGUUGCCCUGGAUGUCGGAUAUGCAAACCCGGUCUUUGCUGCGCUUGAGAUUGAGUACACAGAAGCGGACCAAGAUCCUACGGGAGAGGCAGCUCGUGAAGCAGAGACUCAACUUGUGUACUACGAGUUGGACCUGGGUUUGAACCAUGUCGUCAGGAAAUGGUCUGAGCCAGUCGACCCCACGGCAUCCCUACUUUUCCAAGUUCCUGGCGGUCAGGAUGGACCCAGUGGAGUCUUAGUCUGUGGCGAGGAGAACAUUACAUAUAGGCAUUCGAACCAAGAAGCUUUCCGCGUACCGAUCCCGCGUAGGCGCGGUGCGACGGAAGACCCGUCAAGAAAGCGUCACGUUGUUUCCGGCGUGAUGCACAAGCUCAAGGGCAGUGCUGGCGCCUUCUUUUUCCUCAUCCAGACCGAAGACGGAGACCUCUUCAAGGCCACCAUCGAUAUGGUCGAGGACGCUGACGGCAACCCCACCGGCGAGGUUAAGAGGCUCAAGAUCAAGUAUUUCGAUACCAUACCGGUCUCAUCCAGCUUGUGCAUUCUCAAGAGUGGUUUCUUGUAUGCCGCAAGUCAGUUCGGCAACCAUCAGUUCUACCAGUUCGAGAAGCUUGGAGAUGACGACGAGGAACUGGAAUUCUCAAGCGACGACUUCCCCACGGAUCCCAAGGCCGGAUAUGACGCCGUUUAUUUUCACCCAAGACCCCUGGAGAACCUUGCGCUUGUGGAGAGUAUCGACUCGAUGAACCCCCUGCUUGACUGCAAGGUGGCCAAUUUGACUGGCGAGGACGCUCCACAAAUCUAUACGGCAUGCGGCAAUGGCGCUCGCAGCACAUUCAGGAUGCUGAAGCAUGGCCUGGAAGUAAACGAGAUUGUGGCCUCAGAGCUACCCGGUAUUCCCUCGGCCGUGUGGACGUUGAAGUUGAACCGCGGCGACCAGUAUGACGCUUACAUCGUGCUGUCUUUCACCAACGGAACACUGGUCUUGAGCAUCGGCGAGACUGUCGAGGAAGUCAGUGACUCCGGCUUCCUGACGUCUGUGCCCACGCUGGCUGCACAGCUGCUGGGCGAGGAUGGACUCAUUCAGGUUCACCCCAAAGGCAUUCGUCAUAUUCGACAGGGCCAAGUCAACGAGUGGGCAGCGCCGCAGCAUCGGUCCAUUGUCGCAGCCACGACAAACGAGCACCAGGUUGCGGUUGCUCUCAGCUCGGGUGAGAUAGUCUAUUUUGAAAUGGACGGCGAUGGAUCUCUGGCCGAGUACGACGAGAAGAAGGAAAUGUUCGGAACCGUUACCUGUCUGAGCUUGGGUGAAGUUCCGGAAGGGCGUCUGCGAAGCUCAUUUUUGGCAGUCGGUUGCGAUGAUAGCACCGUACGUGUCUUGUCGCUGGACCCCGAGUCGACGCUCGAAAGCAAGUCAGUGCAAGCGUUGACUGCACCUCCAUCGUCUUUGGCAAUCAUUGCCAUGGAUGACUCGUCGUCUGGCGGAUCAACCCUCUACCUUCACAUUGGGCUCCACUCUGGAGUCUACCUUCGUACGGUUUUGGACGAGGUUACUGGGGAGCUGACGGACACGAGACAGAAGUUCCUUGGCCCCAAGCCGGUGCGGUUGUUCCAAGUUACUGUCCAAGGACGGACUUGCGUCAUAGGAUUAAGCUCCCGUCCAUGGCUUGGAUACUCCGAUCCCAUCACUCGAGGCUUCUUGGUUACGCCCCUGAACUACGUCGACCUCGAAUGGGUUUGGAACUUCAGCAGUGAGCAGUGUGAAGAAGGUGUUGUCGGCAUUCAGGGUCAAUCGUUGAGAAUUUUUGCAAUUGAGAAUCUCGGAGACACUAUUACCCAAAAGUCGAUACCCCUCAGCUACACUCCGAGGCGUCUUCUCAAACACCCAGAGUAUCCCAUGUUUUAUACCAUCGAGGCAGAUAACAACACGCUACCCCCUGAUCUCCGAGCCAAGCUCAUCGCAGAACCGGGCGUUGUGAAUGGCGACGCCCGGAUCCUCCCACCUGACGAGUUCGGCUACCCCAAGGGCAAGGGCCGAUGGGCUUCAUGCAUAAGUGUCAUCGACCCCUUGGCUGAGGAUCAACGGGUCUUGCAGACCAUUGAUCUCGACAACAACGAAGCAGCUGUCAGCGCUGCAAUCGUGUCUUUUGCUAGUCAGGAUAGCGAGAGCUUCCUCAUCGUCGGCACAGGCAAGGAUAUGGUUGUCAACCCUCGCCAGUUCUCUGAAGGCUACAUUCAUGUGUACCGUUUCGGCGAGGAUGGCCACGAACUAGAGUUCAUUCACAAAACCAAGGUCGAAGAACCCCCUUCAGCACUUCUCGGUUUCCAAGGAAGACUCCUUGCUGGAAUCGGGAAGACCUUGAGGAUAUACGACUUGGGUCUGAGACAGAUGCUCAGGAAGGCUCAAGCCGACGUAACCCCUCAGCUGAUUGUGUCACUGAGCACACAAGGAAGCCGUAUCAUCGUCGGCGACGUUCAGCACGGCAUCACCUACGUCGUUUACAAGCCCACCACCAACAAACUUAUUCCGUUUGUGGAUGACACCGUCUCCCGAUGGGUCACCUGUACCACCAUGGUCGACUACGAAUCAGUUGCUGGAGGCGAUAAAUUUGGCAACAUGUUCCUCGUCCGCUGCUCUGAGAAGGCGACCCAAGAAGCGGAUGACGAAUCAGGUGGUCUGCACCUUAUUAAUACCAGGGACUACCUGCACGGCACCCCUCACCGCCUCAGUCUUCUCGCCCACUCGUAUACCCAAGACGUACCCACCAGCAUCACCAAGACGAGUCUGGUUGUCGGUGGCCAGGACGUCCUCCUCUGGAGCGGCAUCAACGGCACUAUUGGCGUCUUCAUCCCUUUCGUCACACGCGAAGAUGUAGACUUUUUCCAGAACCUCGAGCAGCAUAUGCGCACCGAAGAUGCGCCCCUCGCAGGCAGAGACCACCUCAUGUACCGCGGCUACUAUGUCCCCGUCAAGGGCGUCAUCGAUGGCGACCUGUGCGAGAGGUACACACUCCUACCCAGCGAAAAGAAGCAGAUGAUCGCCGGCGAGCUUGACCGCUCGGUUCGGGAGAUUGAGAGGAAAAUCUCGGACAUUCGUACACGGUCCGCCUUUUAA